GACAGCUCAUCAAAAAAUUUCUCGAUUUCUCAAUCACAACAAACCAGUUGAAAGCUUUGAAAUUUUGAGCUCUAAUGCUAAAUAAACAGUAAAAAUUUGGUGAUGAGACAUCGGUGUAGAUAGAUUUGUAAAACGUCUGUCGCAUUUACUCUAUGGAUGCAAAACUCAACAACUAUCGAACAAAGAAACGACGCCAGGCGGUUCUAAACAGCUUUAAGGAUCGUCUUUUUAAUAUGGUCUCCUUUCAGCAGGUUCGAGUGGAUGAAAAGUCAACCCACGUCAUAGUGGAAGCAGAUACCGACGACAAUCGAUCUGAUCAGCAACCCGUCAUCACACCAGUGCAUAAAACAAAACUAACCAGUAAAACUAUUCACACUAAUUCGGACACCGAAUCAGUUCUACCGGUGGACGACAGCAGUACAACCUACAGUGAUCUGGAUGAACCAUCCGAAACACAAUCCUCCAAGAAGCCACCGAAAUCAUAUUUAACCUACAUUACAUACCUAGUAUAUUUCUUGUUUUGGGUUACGCUAUAUGCAAUUGCAAUCGAGCUACGGUUCGGAGUAGUGUUUCUAAUGCUGUCCGGUUUGGUGGCAAUCUAUUUCAACACCAGAACCGAGAAAACACCUGGAGAGAUUAGCGCAUACAGUGUCUUUAACGAAAACUGCGAAUCUAUCGAUGGAACGUUAAAGGCAGAACAGUUCGAACGGGAGAUUGGAAUUCGGCACUGAUUUUUUAAAACCAAGACACUAUUUACAUCAGUUUUAAAAACGAAAAAAUCUUUCAAGAUGAAAAAUUCUAUUUAUACAUCUAAUAAAGUAUUCAUUUAAUUACUGAGUAGAAGUAAA